UCCAACACUCGACGUCCAAUUGUAAAACAUCCCAUUCCAGAAAAAAGACCAAAGCAGGAGUUUGAUGAUGAAAGAGAGAGACCCGAUGAAACAGAUUCUAUAUCAAUGUCAAAUGAGGAUGGUUCUCCUCCUCCUGAUGAAAUGCAGAGAAAGAUAGUGAGAAUCGAAGAAUUAGAGGCUUUGUUACAGAAGAAGGAUGAAGAAAUAAGGAGUAUACAACAAAAGAUGGAGAUAGAACGAUUUGGAAUCCAACGUUUUUCAAAUGACAAUUCAAUGAUACAAUUCUACACAGGUUUUACAUCAAUGGCUAUGUUUUCAGCUUUCUUUGAAUAUGUCAGACCUACUGCAACCUGUAUGAACAGCUAUUACUAUAAAUCCUGUGAUAAAUCCAAUCAGCAGAUCACAGUCAGCAAACAAAGAAGCAUGCUUUUAAUUGAUGAGCUGUUCAUGUUUGUGUGCAGAAUAAAAUGUGGUCUUAUGGCACAAGAUUUAGCAGUCAGGUUCAAUUGUCAUGUGUCAACAGUUAGUCGCAAGAUCAUAACAUGGGCAAACUUUUUGUAUUUCAUUUUAGGCAGCAUGAAUAUCUGGUCUAGUAAGGAACACAUUUAUGAAAAAAUGCCCCAGUCCUUCAAGAUGUUCUACCCCUCAACUAGAAUCAUAAUUGACUGUACAGAGAUAAAAACCGAGCGCCCAUCAUCCCUAGCACUAGGAUCCAAAUGUUAUUCAACGUAUAAGAGUUUCCACACAUGGAAAGGGCUUGUUGGAAUUGCUCCUCAUGGGGCUCUAACUUUUGUGUCUUCUUUAUACACAGGGUGUUUGUCAGAUGUUGAAAUUACAAAAUUAUCUGGUCUUAUUGAUCUUCUAGAAGAAGGCGAUUCAAUUAUGGCAGACAAAGGGUUCGUCUUAAACAAAGUAUUAGAAGGGACAGGCAUAUCUGUCAAUACUCCACCAUUUCUUCUUAGCCAAGGUCAGUUUUCAAAGCAGGAAGUAGAAGAAACACAAAUAAUUGCCAAGCUUAGAAUACAUAUUGAACGACAUAUUCAGAGGUUCAAAGAAUACCAUCUAUUUGAUGGUGUCAUCCCCUUAAGUAUGACAGUGAAGAUUAUCAUUAUUGUGAAAAUAUUCAAAGGUCAGUGA